AUGAAGUUCACCACCAUCGCCCUCACUCUCUUCAGCGCCAUCGCCAUGGCCCAGGACUGCCCUCAGGCCACUCUCAUGCCCGCGUGCGCUGCCCCCUGCGUCAGUUCUGCUGCCUCCGCCGUCGGCUGCAAUGGAGCUGAUUACGCCUGCCAAUGCUCCAAAUCUUCUCAGAUCGUGGCUUCCGCUCAAGGUUGCGUUCUCGGAGGCUGCGGCAUUGAGGCCGCCCCCACCGUCAUCAGCGCCGCUUCUGCCAUCUGCAGUGCUUGCGCUUAA